AGAAGUAUAAGAGUCACAGAGCUCAGACACCUGAGGACGAACAGCCACAGCUGUAUGGACAACAGUCUCUCUAGCACUAUUCAUCUACUAUCAACUAUGUCUGCUCAUACCAGUGUUCUUCUUCUCAUCACUCUUUGGACUUCAGUGCAGAAUGGUUUAGGUCUCCCGGUGAUUAAACAGCUGGAGGUGGAAGCCAGCGAAGAUGCCCCAGAACAAAGAGUGGAGGUGGAAGCCAGCGAAGACGCCCCAGAACAAAGAGUGAGGACCAAACGCUGUGCGUGCAGCAGCCAGCUGGACUCUGAGUGCCAUUACUUCUGCCACCUGGAUAUCAUCUGGGUCAAUACACCAAGUAAGACAACAGUAUAUGGUCUAGGUGGUGCUCUGUCCAGACGCAAGAGGUCCACUGGCCGCUGCACCUGUGCCAGCCCUGGUGAUCAAUACUGCACUAGCUUUUGCCUUCACAGCCCUGAAAUCAUAUCUGUGAAGAGACAUCGACUCAUCAUACUCAGCAUCCUAAGAGCCGUGGCCAGCAGGUCCAUGAGAACUUGGGAUGCAGCGGAGCCAAACAAAAACAAAUCCUCUGAGGCUCAGAGGCAGAAUGCUCACCAAACAAUGUGGCUUUUAGAGCAGCGAGAGUGAGAAAGAGUGCAGCGGGCAUCUGAACAAAUGGCACUAGACAGGGAGACAGAGGGCUGCCAAAAGACGUGUCUGGUGCAGGAUGGCUGAAAGCACCACAGAGAUGUCUGUUUGUCCCUGAGAACAGAGGGUGGAAAGCACCACAGAGUUCUACAGACACAUCCAGAGGAUCGGCACUGAGGAGCUAUUACAGUAUCAGGAUAGGAGCCUACUCUUGGUCAUCUGGUCGUCUGGUCUGUAGGACGAAUGUUCAGGCCAGGCCAGCACUGACACACAGUAGAAGAAUGUACUGUAAUGAAGGGAAAGGGACGUGCAUACUGAACAUAA